CGUGCGCAUUAUUAAGUAGGAGAGGCCAUAACAACAAACAAAAAUGUUGAACUUUAUUACUGGGUACCUAAUAUAGUAUUAAGCAAAUCACAAGUAAUGAUAGCUACGUGACAAUUUUUUGCCUUUAGUUAUAUCUGCCCAGUGAUUCUUGAAAAAUUUUAUAUGUUCUGUGUGCGUGUACAGGGAAACUAGCCAGUAGCACUAAUGAUCUAGAAAAUGACCAAAAUCAAACCUCCUACUGACUUGGCUAGAUAGAUCUUAAUAAAGAAAAUAAGAAGAAUAUAAUAAAAAGCAAAAGAACUUCCACCAAAGCAUGUUCAAGCAAUUACUAGAAGCUGUUGAACCCUCACAUGUCAUCACGGGAGCAGUUUGUGGAUAUUUUCUAUACUACUUUUAUAAAGUUGUUCACCGUCCAGUGUUAAUAGCUGCUGAUGGAGAAUUUAAAUCAAUUUUGUCAGAUGAAUUAGUUAUAUUAAAGGAACAUUGGUGGCCUACUUUUUGGGCAUUUAAUACACAUUUUCAAACCAUAACACGGGUUUUAUUUAAAGCAAAACCACAUAUCUCCUAUAAAAGAGAAAUAUUGAAUACACCAGACCAUGGGCAAUUCAGUUUGGAUUGGCUUGACCCUGAUGAGGACAAUGAUAAAUUUCCUGAUCCAGCAGUGAGGCCAACAUUAGUUGUUCUUCCUGGUAUUACAGGCUGUAGCGAUGCAAGUUAUGUUAGAACUGUAAUCAUUGAAGCAGAGAAAAUGGGCUUUCGUGCAUUAGUUUUUAACAACCGCGGUAUGGGAAAAACUGAUUUAAAGACUCCUCGUACUUUCUGUGCUUGUAAUGGGGAAGAUUUAGAAUUUGUUUUGGAGCAUGUUGCAAAGAAAUAUCCAGAAAGCCCACUCAUUAUUUUUGCUGUUUCACUUGGAGGUGUUAUUUUUACAAACUACCUCUCUGAAAAUGGUGGCAACUGCAAGGCAAAUAUAGCAGCAGCUUUGUUGAUCUCUGUUCCAUGGGAUGGUGCAAAGACAACGAGCUCGUUAGAAAAGCCUGUCAAUUGGUUUUUGUACAACCGAUUCAUAUUGAAUAAAUUAAAAGUCUUAAUAAGACAAAAUUUAGAUGUCUUUCAAGAAGACGAUCAACUUCCGUACAAAUUAGAGGACGUGAUGAAGGCAACAAGUAUUCGUGAAUUUGAUGAGCAGUUUACAUCGAAAACGUUUGGAUUUCCUUCUUGUCAUGACUAUUACACAGAAUCAUCUUUAUCGUUAAAACCUCUAGAAAAAAUACAAAUCCCAAUGUUGUUUUUAAACGCGAGAGAUGACCCUUUUGCACCGGAGGAGUCAAUUCCACUGGAUGCAAUUAAAAAGAAUCCGAAUAUGGCUAUCAUUUUAACAGAUUAUGGCGGCCAUAUUGGUUUUGUUGAAGGACCUACGAUUAGAAGUCGAUCUUUCGUGGAACGCUUAUUUCACCAAUAUGCAUCAUGCAUGCUAAAUGUUAAACAUUAAACAUAUUUACUAAAUAGCCGGCAGACGACGUGCCCGCUAAAAUUUCACGUUUCCCGAAUUGCAUUUUUUUUAAAAAUUUUGGACGACAUGUCAUGUACAUCAUGUACAAAUUAGCCCAGCAUUCAUUUAAUUGAAGCUUGGAUUUCCAGAGCUAAAAUACUUUUGCUAAGAUAAUCUGUUUUGUUUGUACAUAUUGUAUUUAUUUUUAUGCUUGAUCAGUCAUUUCUUGAAA